CAGGCUGGCUGAAGUGAUGGAGGGGCCACGCAUCGAUACCACGGUGGUCAAAGGCUUUUGGCAAGAUCAGUGCUACCGGAAUAGGCGCGCUGCAGCGCUGCGUUGCUCCAAUGGUGCUUUGCGGAUCACAGGCGAUGGCUUGUCUGCCACGUUUUCGGAGGUGCUUCAGGUCUGCUCCACACGAGACGCCUUCGCAGGUGUGAGGGCCAAUGGCGAAUUGUGGACCUGGAAUUCCUUGGACGCCCCUGAGCUCAGUGACGUGCAGUGCCUCGUUGCGACCGACGGAGCCUUCGCGGCGCGCAUGCGGACUGGUGCCGUUGUCACCUGGGGAUGUGAGGAGAAGGGCGGAAACUGCUUGCAGGUCCGCAGCGACUUGGUCGAUGUGCGCCAGAUCUGCUCCAGCCGCGGCGCAUUCGCCGCGCUGACAGGGUCGGGGCGAGUUGUGGUCUGGGGCCAGCGAGAAAGCGGUGGCUACCUCCCUUCGCACCGGGCGGCGCGGCUGCAGCGUGUGGUGCGACUGGUUGCGAGCUCCGGAGCCUUCGCCGCGCUGACCGAGGGAGGGACGGUGCUCUCCUGGGGCAGUCCCCAGCAUGGCGGGGAACUUCCGCAGCUGACCGACGUGGUGGAGAUCUACGCGUCCUACCGAGCCUUCGCGUUCCGGAGAUCGGACGGCCAGGUGAUCACCUGGGGUGGGGCCUCUCCGGGCGGCCAGCGUCUGUUCGACCUUGGCGCGCGGCGCCUGCACGGAGUGGUGGGGAGCAACGCGGCCUUCGCCGGCAUCCUGGAAGAUGACACGGUGGUGACGUGGGGAGCGCACGAUGAAUGUGAAGGCUUCGACAAAGUCAAGCACGAGCUGUUCGACGUUGAGAGCCUCUGCAGCAGCAGCGGCGCCUUCGCCGCGCUGCGCCGGGACGGUGCGGUGCGCUGCUGGGGCGAUGCGGCGCUGGGCGGCCACGGAAAGGCGGAGACGGCGACGGCGCUGGUGGCCACGCUGGGAGCGUUUGCGGUGCUGAGGUCCGAUGGUCGUGUGACCUGUUGGGGUCAUCGCUUCUCCGGGGGUGAACCUGGCAGCGUGGCAGCGCAGUUGACUGAGGUGGUUCUCUUGACCUCUUCGGAGGUGGCUUUCACGGCCCUGCGCGCGGAUGGCACAGUGCUGCGCUGGGGGCAUCCAUACUACACCAGGUGCAACCUUUAUCCAGCUGAAUGAGAAUUUUCUGAUUUCGGGGGGUUCUCCAAAAUCUGGAUGUUGGCGACGUCC